AUGCCAUGUCAAUUGGGCCUUCCCGAGGCAGAGAAUAUAACAACCCAUUUAGACGGAACUACUCGCGGUCUUCUUGCAGGUCCUCUUCUCUAUCACCGUCUAGAUGUCUAUGUUGGAGCUGACAUAUCCCUGAAUUCCCCAGGCCCUUUCGAGAAACGAGCCCCAAACACCUUCAUGGUUUUCUCAGCAGCCAAUGGUUCCUCAAUUUCUACUUACGGACAGAAAUCCCUCACACUCGACUUAGGACUCCGACGACAAUUUCGUUGGGUUUUCAAUAUUACAACCGUGACUCACCCCAUCGUAGGCGCUGAUUUCCUUGGACACUUUAGUCUACUCAUCGACCUGAAGAACAAGCGUCUAAUCGACACUCUAACAAAUCUAAAAUUUGCAUUCCAAGUUCCAGAAUUCGAAUUCCUGGGACACACCGUCUCUGAUGCAGGCCUAAGGCCUACCGACAUUAAGGUGAAGGAGAUUCGAGAAUUUCCGGAGGAAAAGUCCAUCAAUCAACUUCGACGUUUCUUGAACAUUGUUACUUUCUACCGUCGAUUUCUUCCCCACACAGAUCAGACCCUCCUGCCUCUGACCAAUUUACUUAGAGGAAGCUCGAAGAAACUAAUAAUGACGGCAGCUGGUGCAGUUUUACAGCGAACCGUCAACGGAGUAGUUCAGCCGCUAGCUUAUUUCUCAGUCAAGUUUAAUGAAGCUCAAAAACGUUACAUCACUUUCGGUCGUGAGCUUCUGGCUACCUACCUUGCGGCCAAGCACUUCAGAUAUCUCCUCGGAGGUCGGCAAUUCACGAUCAAUACCAACCACAAACCGCUGGCCUUUGCAAACCGUUGGGGUUCCAAUCUUUUAUCAUCAGGAGAAUCAAGAAACUUGGAUUACAUUUUACAGUUUUCAACCGACAUUCGUCAUGUCAAGGGCGAGGACAAUGCAGUAGCCGACGCACUCUCUAGUUCGCACAUCGACGCUGUAAACACAAGUACACAUGUGGAUUUCGAGGACAUCGCGAUCGCUCACCCAUCUAUGAUGAAGCUUUCAGAGUGCUCAGACGAGAAGAAACGACUCUCACCGUCAACCACAAUGGAGAUAAGACAUCCCCUUUUUCACAGCAUGUCAUCAGCCGCGCAGAUCCUCAAAUCUCUCCUCAUUAGCACGAACGACUAUCCUGAAUUGUCCUCACACCUAGAUCUCCAUGUCAGCACAUUUAUGACUCGCACAUCUGAGCUAUAA